AUGAAGCAGCACGAGUUAACUCUGUUACUGUGCCUCUCAUGGACACUAACCCUUCUCUAUGGUGAGAUGUUCGCUUAUUGGGUUCCACCCCUCUUCACCUGUUCCUGGCCCCAGCUUCUUCGUACCUCUUCUUCUUCAAUGGUUCAAACAGACGGUGGGAAUUAUCAAGCUGAUUAUGUAAAAGUUGCUGUUAUUGCAGAUCCACAGCUCAUGGAUAAAACUUCUCUCCGUCUUCCUCCAAAAUCACUUGCACUGGAGCUUGCUGAAUUCUACACUGAUUUAAACAUGCGUAGAUCAUUCUUUGCAUCUGUCCUGCCUUUCAAACCUGAUGUCAUAUUGUUUUUAGGUGAUUACUUUGAUGGAGGUCCUUAUUUAUCAGAUGAAGAAUGGCAGGAGUCGUUCAGUCGCUUCCGACAUAUCUUUGGUUUAAAUGCACAAGGAAAAUACACAGACAUGCAAGUUUACUACGUCCCGGGAAAUCAUGAUAUUGGGUAUGAAAGUCUUCAUUCUCUAUAUCCAGAGGUUAUCCAACGUUAUGAAGAAGCAUAUGGGAAAAGGAAUUACAAAUUUACAAUUGGAAACGUGGAUUUUAUUGCCGUUGAUGCUCAAAUUUUGGAUGGUAAACUAGAUUUUCCUUAUACAUUUGAGCUGUCAUUUUUCUUAAGUAGCUAUGCUGUAAUUGCUAGUACUUUUACCUUAUGGAAACCCACAAAACCAUCUGACUUUUCAAACUUGGGAUUUUGUGAUGUGGCUCAUCCAAGAGUCUUAUUGACGCAUAUUCCUUUAUAUCGACAUGAUGAUACUUACUGUGGUCCUGAUCGGAGAUCCCCAGUUAUCAAUCAGAGGAUAAAUUAUGCUGUAAAUGGUAACCCUAAUGAGAUAUCGUAUCAAAAUUAUGUUUCUGAGAAGUCUUCAAAGUACUUACUGGAUACACUCAAACCUAAGCUUAUUUUGUCCGGUCAUGAUCAUGAUCAGUGCACCAUCACUCAUCAAUCAAAAUCUGGGCCUGUAAAGGAGCAAACUCUAGGUACUAUAAGUUGGCAACAAGGAAACUUGUAUCCUUCGUUCAUGCUGUUAUUAGUUGAUAACUCAACUCUUCCCAAUGCUUCCAUUGCAAAAGACGCUUUGUUGACUCAACUAUGUUAUCUUCCAACACAAUUGCACAUUUACUUAUGGUAUAUCGUGCUAUUUAUUCUGACCCUUCUUGCCACCCUAUUUUGGCCAACAAGUGGCACAAGUUUUUGGCAUCAGUGUUGGGGCUUAUUUGGCUACUGUAAGCAACUAAUCUCUAGCAUCUUUUCUAGAAGUGAAACGAAAGACAAGGACGAGGAUGCUAACUAUGAAUAUGAGAUGAUGUGGGAUGCAGAAGGAUCAAUGCAUCUUAUAAAGAAACCCUUGAAUCCAUCUACUGUAAAUUCAAACAACAGGAGCUUAGGAGAAAGGGGUAAUGUUGUGAUGCGGGCAGCUGCUAGAAAAAAUACUGCUCAGGAGGAAGAACUCUCUGUUAAUGUGGAUAUUGCUUCAGGCAUUGCUCUUGAUCCUGUGGGAAGAAUACUGCCCAGAACAGGCAAAUCAAAGACAAUAAUUAUAAUCCAGAGAUUGAUACGUACACUGCGAAUGUUCACUGUCAUUGCAGCAAUGAUUAAUUAUGAAGUGCUGGGAAGGAAGGAUGAUUAUGAGAAGUAG